UAAUAUGCGUGGUACUUUAGAACAAUGCUAGCGGCCUGUGGCUGACAUUGGUAUUUAAUUUUAUCGACUUCAACAGGUUUAAAGAGAUGGGAAAACUUCUUGAUGUUACGAGUAUCACAGACAAGAGGUUUUACGGUUGUUGAAGCAGUCAAAGCAAGGAGUUAGUCUCAAAAUUAUACACGAAGGUUGUUUUUUUUUUUUUUUUCAAGAUGUUUUGCUUUGCAUGAAAUGGUGAUCGGAAAACUGUAAUAACUGCGGCAGCUUAAAAAAAAUAGUAUUUGAUUUAUAAAACAGCAGAGAAAAAGGUUGGGAGUGAUAUUUAAUUUAAAUUAGAAACGCUUUAACUUAAAAUAUAUGUAGAAACAGGAAUUCGAGAUGAGUGGCUUGUGAUCUCGGAUUGUCCCGUUUGCCAUCAGCAAUGGAAAUGAAAAACGGAAGCCAGGUACUAGAUAAAAACUUUGUCAGUUGGCCGUCAAACCAAAGACUAGAUGUUGGUGAUCUUCUGACCACGGAACAGAGACGCCAGACAAACCUGAUUUUAUCUUGUGGAGUGAGUACACCAGUAGCUUUGAUAGGUUUCUUGGGCAACCUAGCCAACCUGGUCAUCCUAGCCAAGCAAGGACUAGGCGACAGCGUCAACAUCUCCUUGGCAGCGCUGGCCCUGGGCGACCUUGCUUACGUCAUAAUAGUGUUGUCGUUUAGCUUGAUGUGCUUCUCGCCAGACACCGAUCCAGUAGUCCAGAACAACAAAGGACAGCAGUAUGUGCCCCAGGCCGCCAUGCUGCGGAUCGCUGUGGCCAGGAUCUCUAGUGGGAUCAUGGCGCUGAUAGCCGCAGAGCGAUGUCUGUGUGUGAUGGUGCCGUUAAAGGUCAAGAGGUUAGUCACGUUCAGGUGCACGACCGUUGCCGUUAUCGCCAUCUACAUCGCGGUGCUGGUGCUGUUCGUGCCGGUGCUGAUGAUGCUGGAGGUGAAGUGGUUUCCGGCGGAUGGUAACCGCACAGUGGCGCUUGCCGUACCCACAGAGUUUUACAUCCGCAACGAGCACUUCCUCAGUACCUUCAGUGACCUGGUCAUCUCCGUUGUGCUACCGUUGUCGCAGAUUAGCCUUGUCAUCGUCUGCACACUUCUGACGGUUGUGCGUUUGAAGGCGUCUUCUUUCUGGAGACAGUCGAUGUCUCAGGCAAAUGCUGUCAUAGUAGACGAAAAAACGUCCAAACUGUCGAAACUUCUGAUUACCAUCGCUGUCAUCUAUAUCGUGUGCUCGACGCCUGGAGUUAUCGCUACACUUGUCAGACUCUUUAUCCCAGAGUUCAAUCUUAAUCGCCAGUAA